AUGCUCGGCUUCUACUCCUACCGCGAUCCUAAUCCACAGAACACACUGAACGUUAUCCGGGACGUCGGCCGUUUUGCAAUUGAUAAAACGUGGACAGACCAAGAUCUGCAGGAAGCAAAGCUAAGCACUUUUCAGAGUGUCGAUGCUCCUCAAAGUGUAAGCGAAGAGGGCCUGACGAGAGCAGAUAAAAAGGAGCAGCUGCUCGAUGUGACGAAACAAGAUGUGAGGGCAGUCGCGCAGAAAUAUCUUGUCAACGGAGCUGAAGAGAUGCGAAUUGCUGCAAUAGGCGAGAAGAAAGACUGGAUAAGACCCGAGGAAUGGAAAAUUGAAAAUUUAGAUCAAGAACAAAACCUCCUCGAGCGUGUACACUCCACUUACAAACCUCUCCACACAUUUGCGCUUCCACAUGGCGACCAUAAACAAUAUAAGCAGCAGUAUGGAGAUAUGUACUUCCUACGAUUAGCAAAGCUCAAGCCCGCAGUGGAAGAGCUGGCGCAGGAAGCGUGGAAUGACUUUCAGAUAGCCGGCGAGCAAGUUAGACAUGUCGACCGAGUUUUGGACGUGCGACAGGGUGAGCUUUGCUGGGUUGCAGGAACGGUGUUCAUGGACAUGCCGCUAAAGCCCAACAUCUUGGAUGACCUAUCCAGAGACCACUGGAUCGCCGCUCCUCCUCCCCGUGAGAAAUACUUAGCAAGAAACGGACAAGACCUCAUGAUGUUGGAGGACGAGUCAGGGCGGCUGCGUAUGGUUGGAACUCAGUUACAAUUGCAUAUGCUCGUUACUGGAUGUAUCAUUGCAGUUAUGGGCACGGAGAAUGCUGACGGUGACUUCGAAGUUGUCGACAUGAAAGUACCAGAUCUUGCACCUCAGCCAGAACGUCAGAUCAAAAGCGAGAGCCUAAAGACGAAUGGAGAGAGUAAAUCAAAGAGGAGAAAGAGCCCGGAUACACAGGAAGGUAGCAAGAUAGCUAUCGUCAGUGGCAUAGCUAUAAGCGGUGAAGAUGGCGACUCUCUGAAGUUGGAUCUCUUAAUGGAAUUCCUCCUCGGGGAGGCGUGUGGCACUACUACCCAGGAAGAAAUCUCCAAGAUCUCUCGUCUGAUCAUUGCGGGCAAUUCCAUCUCGGAGGGUAAUCCACUACGAUCAGAGGACGACCUUGCGGAUUUGAAAAAGGCGAGCAAGAAAUACGGCUAUGACUCCUCAGCCUACAAUCCCCUCCCUACAGCUCACUUAGACGAAUUCCUUGCUACGCUUCUUCCAUCAAUACCUAUAACUCUCCUCCCUGGUGACAGCGAUCCUGCAAAUGUCUCACUCCCUCAGCAACCGAUCCAUCCGGCUAUGCUUCCGCGUAGUAGGAAUUACGCUGUUCAAGAUGGCGAGCAGCCAGGCUGGUUUGACAGCGUGACGAACCCGUGGGAAGGUGAUAUUGACGGUCUGAGGUUUUUGGGAAAUGGAGGCCAACCCAUCGAUGAUGUUCUUAAAUACGUGGAGGGAGGUGAGAGGCUAGAGAUGAUAGAAAACUUGCUAAGAUGGAGAUGUAAUGCCCCUACUGCGCCGGACACGCUAUGGUGCUAUCCUUUUCAGGAGAAAGACCAAUUCAUCAUCGAGGAAUGCCCCCAUGUGUUCUUCGUCGGGAACCAGCCGCGAUUUGAGACUGGUUUGGUUGAAGGACCGACGGGCCAGAUUGUAAGGCUAAUUGCUGUACCGAAGUUCAAGGAGACCGGUGAAGUGGUGCUCCUUGACACGGAAACCUUGGAGGCCGAAAUGCUAAAAUUUAAUAUCCACGGUGACUUAUGA